AUGACUCGCACAAUUUUGUGCUUUGUAAAAUCGGACUUUGUGCUAGAACUUGACAUAAGUGAGUUUGUUCAUCAUCAGUCGAAACUCCUGCAAACAACGGUGUGUUCUACGCAGGAAGCUCACCAAUGUCUGGGCGUCUUACAGACUUGUGUUGAGGAAUACUUAAAGCAUAAUAACAAUGACAAUGAUGAGAUCUGUUCCCUUGGAACCCACUCUUUACCGGUGACAGGGUUAACAGACGAAUUCAGGGAUGUACCAGACGAUAGUUUACAAGCUGAAUUUACAAUCCUUGGCCCUGUGAGGCCUUUAGCUAUAUCAUUCAAAGUGCUAUAUCAAAUGGGAGAUGCCAUACCAAGACCAUUCACAGAAUAUAUCAUUCAUACUGACGACGAAGAAAACAGACUGGAGCUAGAAGGAAAGUCCUAUCAACCAAGUUUGACAAAGGCAGCAAUUAUUUCGUCUGUUGACGUCAGCAUAACAACCCCAAUCAACGUCAGGUUCUACUGCAACGGACACUACUACGGGGCAGACUGCAGUGUCUAUUGCGAUGACGAUGAUGAUAACAUCAGAUUUCGUUGCCGUGACGACGGGUCACGUGACUGCUUACCUGGCUGGGGUGGAGAGUUUUGUGACACAGCCACACCUGCAAGGGACGAUGCGGUAGUUGUCAAGAACCAUCCCAAGGUGCGGAUGAUCCACUAUGACUCAGGACGCGAUGAGUCAGUGUUCACAAACAGCACGCUCUCCAGACACAAGCGGCAGGCUAUCAGAGGUGCUUGUCGCAGUGCUCCAUGUUUAAAUGGAGGCACGUGUCGGUGGUUACCAAACAAUGACCCAGAAUUCCAGUGUACCUGCAGUCCGGGAUACACAGGUGUACAGUGUGAAAGAGGAAUUGACGACUGCGCUAGUAAUCCAUGCAACCACGGCGUGUGUAUAGACAACGUCAACUACUACAACUGCAGCUGUGACCUGGGAUGGGAAGGACCGCUAUGCAAUAUUGAUGUGCAGGAGUGUCUGAGGAAUCCGUGCACGAACGGCGGCACGUGUGACGAGCCGGAGCCGGGCAUGUUCCGGUGCAUCUGUCCCGUGGGGUACCGCGGCCUCACGUGCGACAUCGACAUCAACGAGUGCACGCUGCUGAGCCCCUGCUACAACGGCGCCACCUGUAAAGAGGGAGAACCAGGAAACUACACGUGCCACUGCCCGGACGGCUUCACUGGACCUGAGUGUGAAAUAGACGUUGAUGAAUGCGCGUCCAACCCGUGCGUCAAUGGAGGAACCUGUGAACAGUCCAUACCUGGCCAGUUCAUCUGCAGAUGUCCCGAAGGUUUCCAGGGAGACAUCUGUAACCUGGACGUGGACGAGUGUUUUCUGAGUCCGUGCCGUAACGGAAACUGUCGGAACCGGCGCGGCUCGUUCAGCUGUCAGUGUUUCACGGGCUGGGAGGGCGAGCUGUGCGAUCAGGAGAUAGACGAGUGUAAUUCAGGGCCCUGUCAGAACGGAGCUACCUGUCGGAACGGUCGACCGGGGACUUUCAUCUGUAGCUGCGCAGCUGGUUUCACGGGAGACGUGUGUGACACGGAUAUUGACGAGUGCGCCGUCCUCCAGCCGUGUAGAAAUGGCGCCACCUGUCGACAAGAAAGUGCAGGCACUUAUCGCUGUCUGUGCGCCCCUGGUUUCGAGGGUCCUACUUGUGAGAUUGACAAAGAUGAGUGCGAAUCACGGCCCUGUCAGAACGGAGGGACGUGUUCGCAGGGUAUCGUUCCGGGCACGUUCCAGUGCAGAUGCCCUCCCAAUUAUAACGGGUCUACCUGUGACGGUCAGAUUGACUACUGUAUUGACCGGCCAUGUCGGAAUGGAGGCCAGUGUCAACAGAGUCAGGGCCAGUACAGCUGUCUCUGUCGGUCUGGAUAUGAGGGCAGACAUUGCGAAUUCGACAUCAGAGAGUGUGCGUCCAAUCCCUGCUUCAAUGGCGGCAACUGCACGGAACCCCAGCCCGGACUUUUCCGCUGUUCCUGUAGACCUGGAUGGGAAGGUCCACAGUGUCAGUCCAACGUUGACGAGUGUGCCAGCAGACCUUGCAAGAAUGGUGCGACAUGCCGCGAAGGUCAACCAGGAACGUUUAUUUGUGUGUGUCCUCUUGGUUUUGAGGGUGUAACGUGCGAGACGGAUAUCAAUGAAUGUCUGUCAAACCCUUGCCACAAUGGAGCAACAUGCAGGCAACCACAACCUGCGGUGUUUUCCUGUCGCUGUCCUCCUGGUUUCCAGGGCCGACUGUGUGACGUGGAAGUGAAUUCGUGCGACUCGCGUCCGUGCAGACAGAACGCGCAGUGCAGAAACCUGGGAGCCGGGAGCUACAGCUGCACGUGUGUUCCGGGAACAAGGGGUCUGCAGUGUGAACAAGAUGUCAAUGAAUGCGAAAGCAACCCAUGCCAAAAUGGCGGCACAUGCUCCCAGCCGGUGAUUGGAAGGUACCAGUGUGAUUGUAUUCCCGGAUAUUCGGAUGUUUCCUGUGAAGAAGAUAUCGACGAAUGCGCGGACAACCCGUGUGCUAACAACGGAACCUGUACACAGGGCAACCCGGGCCAGUUCUUCUGUUCGUGCCAGGCAGGGUUUACCGGAGAAAACUGCACAGAAGAUAUCGACGAGUGUCUGUCCGCGCCGUGCAUGAACAAUGGACAUUGUGUGCAGGACGGACCAGGGUCCUUCAACUGCAGUUGCAUCCCAGGAUACUUUGGCGAUCGCUGUCAACAAGCAAAAACACUGUGGUUAAACUACUGUUUGCAGGAAAUAACCGACACGACGUACAUGUGUACGUGCGCCCCAGGGUACACGGGGUUCCAGUGUAACGUCAACAUCAACGAGUGUGAGAGCGACCCCUGCCGGCAGGAUGGAAUCUGUCUGGACGGAAUCAACGGCUACACGUGUGCAUGCAUGAAAGGAACUGGAGGUCUACACUGUGAGACAGACUUCGACGACUGCAACCCGAGCCCGUGUCUGGGGAACGCCCACUGUACCGACUGGACCGACGACUUCUUCUGUACAUGUCCGCCCAAUAUUGGAGGCAAAAUAUGUAACGAAUCUGUACCCGGCGCGACCUACAUCCCUUGUCCUACAAAUCAGUGUCUUAAUGCUGGUCUGUGUUGGCUGAACGCAGACGGUUCUACAAGAUGUGACUGUCCAAAAGGUUUUACCGGCGACACGUGUGAGAUCAACCUCAACGACUGUAACCCGAUGCCGUGUCUGUCUGGAGCCAAGUGCCACGACUGGAUUGACGAUUUCUACUGUUUCUGCCCUCCAUGGACGUACGGAAAAGUCUGUGACAACGUGACUACACCCUCCCCGGUGACGCCGAACCUCCGCUUUAGUCGCCGUCGAUACGGGAUCGACCCGACAACCCUGGCCAUCAUGCUGGGCAUCAUCUUCGGUCUGCUGCUUCUCAUCAUCCUCGCCAUCGUCAUCUGGGUGUUCGUGGGGCAGAGGAAAGGGCCGCGAGACUUCUGUUUCGCCCUGCCGUCCUCCAUGUACAAACAGAUCUUUGACUGGCACGAGAGCACCUUCAGCUCGGACAGAUAUUGAACUUCUUUCUGAAAUACCAUUUCACACAGAGACAAACCUACAAGUGGAUCUAAAUGGGGAUGGCAUGGGGUCUGUUGCCCUAAGGCGACGGAAGCAAGCGUGGCAGGGGGCAUAUUCUCCAUAAACUCUUAAGAUUAUGCAUUGUCCCUCUCUCUCAGUUAAAGACGAAUUAAAAGUGAAAGACCCUA